CAUUCCAGCCACAAACCUGCUUACACAAAGAGCAGCAACCUGAUUCCACUGACCUGUCUACCUUUGAUGAGAGAGGAAUAACAGCUUUUACAGUGGAACAGGUAAUGGUCAGACAGCAUGGCUGAGCAAAGGCAACGAGCCCUGUCAACUUCAGGAGAAGCAUUGUACCAAAUUCUUGACCUGCAAAAAGGUUCUUCUCAUGAAGAGAUAAAGAAGUCAUAUAGAAAACUAGCUCUGAAAUAUCAUCCAGACAAGAAUCCUGACAACCCAGACGCCACAGACAAGUUCAAGGAGAUCAACAAUGCUAACGCCAUCUUGACGGAUGUGACAAAGAGGAACAUUUAUGACAAGUACGGCUCCCUUGGCCUAUAUGUGGCAGAGCAGUUUGGUGAAGAGAAUGUGAACACAUAUUUCAUGCUCUCCACCUGGUGGGCAAAGGGUUUCUUUGCAAUCUGCGGUCUGCUAACAGGCUGCUAUUUCUGCUGCUGCCUGUGUUGCUGCUGUAACUGCUGCUGUGGGAAGUGUAAACCCAGACCUCCCGGAACGGAGGAGUACGAGUGCCACGUCUCACCAGAGGACCUGGAGGAACAAAUUCGAACCGACAUGGAAAGAGAUGGGGACACUCCAAUUGUGCUUCAGCCAACAAACGCUAGUGAGAAGACGCAGCUUAUUGGAGAUGGCCGCCGCAACUAUAAUACAGACUCCUACAACUGACUGUGGAGACUGGAGCAUAGAGUCUUCAAGCAAUAACCCAGAACACAAUCAGAGUUUACUUGUAUGUUUAUCACUGGGAUUAUUCAGUGUCAUUCAAAUGACCAAGAUGUUUAAAAACUGUUUUUAACUCUAGAUACCAUUAUCUGUAAAACAAAAAUAAAAGUGUGUUUGGUAGUGCAACAGAGUUUUGAAUAAGAACUACCUUUUUAAGUUUUUUUUUUUUUUUUUGGAUGGCUCUCAGUUUACACAGUAUCAGUCGUUCCCCUCAUUUGACAAAGAAAUUCUUAUAAGCGUGUGUGACUUUACUUUAAAAGAUCAAAUUAUAAUAUUGUUGUCAAUACAUUGGAAAAAAAGCACAGCCAGGUGCCUUAUUUUAGAGCUUACAGCGAUUACCUUGAACAGAGAAACAACCAUAAAAGAAGGUUUCUUCAUCGGUCCUAGUUUGGCAUCAAUUCAUUACAUAAAACUACCUUGUUAUAGCCAUAGGCAGGAUUUUAGUCCAUAAUGUGGGGAGCGGGGUGCAAAACAAUGUUACAGCUACUGAAAUGUCACCUGACUUUUUUGUAAUUACUACAUUUUCAGUUCUCUUUUUCCAAUUUGAAAAGCCCUUAGGAAAGGUUUCCUGUGAUAGGCCUACCAGCAUUAACUCCAACAAAAGUCUCACUAUUUAACCAGGUACCUAUAAACGGCUGUGUUUUGAAACAAUAAUUAUACCUCAUUGGGUGUAAAACUGAUGAUGGAUUCUGGCUCGACAAUGUACAAAACACUUAAUAAAUGAAUCACUAAUAAAAAAAUAACACUUACAAGGCGUCUCUGUGGUUACACCAAUUGUUUUAAUGUUCCUGAAAAACAGUUGCAGACCUAACCUGGUAUUAUUGCCUUAAAUUUUAAGCGAAAGUUAAACCACACGACAACCACAUAC